GUGUCUCACCAAGUGCAAGUCCUUCACUUGCCAGUUCCGCCCCAUCUGAGUCUGCAGCACCCAGUGCAUCACCAUCAGGAGGUCCCAGUGUCUUGCCAAGCGUGAGUCCUACAUCUGGCAGUGCCGCUCCAUCUGAGUCACCAUCUUCAAGUCCCAGCAAGAGUGUCUCUCCAAGCGGAAGUCCUUCACUUGCAAGUGGGGCUCCAUCUGAUUCACCAUCUUCAGGUCCGAGCAAGAGUGUCUUGCCAAGUGCAAGUCCUACAGUUGGCAGUGCGGCUCCAUCUGAGUCUGCAUCUCCGAGUGUAUCACCAACUACAAGUCCAAGCAAGAGUGUUUCCCCUACCAUUCCUCAGCCAAGCUCCAGCCCCAGUGAUGCACCUAGUUCUAACCCAAGCUCUGCCCCUAGCACCGCCCCAACUGUCCCUCAACCAAGCUCCAUCCCUAGUGCUUCACCAAGCGCUCUGCCCAGCUCAGCUCCUAGCAGCAUCCCCACUGUUCCACAACCAAGUGGUGCUCCUAGCACCAGCCCUACUGUUCCAGAGCCAAGCUCCAGCCCCAGUGUUGCACCUAGUUCAAAACCAAGCUUGACUCCUAGCAUCAACCCAACUAUUCCCCAACCAAGUUCUGGUCCCAGUGUUGCACCGAGUGGUCCUCCAAGUUCCAUCCCUAGCAACAUCCCCACUAUGCCGCAGCCAAGCGCGGCUCCCAGUGCUGCUCCUAGUUCAAAACCAAGCUCUGCUCCUAGCACCAGCCCUUCCGCCCCAGAGCCAAGCUCCAGUCCGACUGCUUCACCUAGUUCAAAUCCAAGCCAUUCCCCUAGCUCAAGUCCAACUGUACCAGAGCCAAGCUCCAGCCCCACUGUUGCACCAAGCCACUCCCCUAGCUCUUCACCAACAACUCCCCAACCAACAGGAAGCCCUACUGCUGGUGCAGCUCCCACAUCCAGCUCUGGAGAAUUGACAAGUUUUUCUCUUGUUAAUCUAUCCACUGGUGAUAAAAUUGACUUGCCAUCAUCAUUCACUGCUUCCUCCUUGGGAUACAACUAUGACAUCAUGGCUGAAGGUAGCUUUGGCGGAAAUUGGUAUGUCAAGUUCUUUGUGAAUGGUGAUGAAAUUUUCGAGGAUGACUCGGAAGACUUUACUGUCUGUGAUGGUGCCUGCACUUCCUCUGCAAACUUUGGGGGGGCUGGGUAUUCAUCCACGGCAUUCACCCUCGAAGCCAAAGUUUUCAACAAUGGUAAUCAGGAAAAGGGUUCAGUGUCAGCAAGCAUAACGAUUGAAGCAUAAGCGACAGAUCUGCUUCCCAUAUAUCCAUAAAUUCUAGAAACAAUUUGACUGGAAACAAGAAAUUGAAUUUGUGCAGCU